AUGUCUACACCACCAGAAAUUCUAAGAAUCAAAAGAAAACGUAACGAGGAACCACUCCAGGCGUUACUUUUUGAGAAUCCUCCAAGCAGGAAGAAGACACGUACGGAUGUUGGCCAAGACUAUGUUUUCAAGCUUGCUCGUACUGAGAAGUCGUUACGUGGCAAAACACCAUAUGUUUUAAAUCAAGAGGCGGAAUUGACCAAAGGGCGUCAGAUAUUCAGUCUUCCGAAACGGCCAGCUUCCAGGCAGUCACCGAAGAAGGCUCAGAGCAAGGAGGAGCAAGUUAAUCCCGAGUUACUUGAGAUGGUGAAUGACUAUUUAAAGAGUGAUGACGGAGAGAGUGCAACACAUAGUGUACAGAAGCGACGCAAGUCGAGCAGUAUUUCGCAGGAGGUGCGACCAUCUUUACGCAAGGAAAAGGCGGUACGGUUGAAAAUUGAUGAGGAGUAUGUUUACGAUGUGUACUACAGAAACAAGGCCAUUAGUGAGGAGGUUGAAAAGGUGGGUAGAAUCGGAUACGUGCGGUUUUCAGAGGACGAUAUGGAUUUGAUCGAAGACGACGACGAUGACGAUUCGGGGGCUGUCACUGAUGACGAAGACUCGAACUCGGAAAAUUACUACCAGAAUGAUUACCCAGAGGACGAAGAUGCCGAACUCAACCAGAGCGAGGCAGAGUCUUACGGAUUAGGUGAGCCCAGUGACGAUCAAACCGAUCAGUUCGAGAAUAAUAAGGAGAAAAAGUUUACCAAACUCGAUUUGAACGAAUCCAGCUACAUGGAUACGGACGGAGACGAAUCCAGAAGCGAAAUUAGGGACGAAAGCUUUGAGAGACAGGAGUUUUUCCCUUCCGAUAGAGGAGACCCACUGGCCAUUCACCGAGACAGGAUAUUUGGCCAACUUGCAGGUAUCAUUAAUGAGAAGAGAGAGGAAAACGAGGCAGUUCCACGGGACUGA